UAUUUGCAGAUAAUCAACUGAUUAGAGGUGUAACCCGGCAUGUAGCAUUAGUAAAAGUGUUGUCAGUGUUGUCACGUAUAUGGAAUAUAUGUGCAUGGCACAUGAAAUAGUUUUUAGUUUACCACACUAUUCAAAGUAAAUAAGUAAAGUAAAUAAGUGUCAUUGCAAGUCGAAAAACGGGUGUCACUAACUCAUAUUUAUUAGGACUGUUUUUAGGUGGAAAAGAUGAUGAAACCUAGAAAAUAAUUAUAAACUUUGAAUACCAUGAAGAGAUCUAAACGUUACAGCAAUAAUGCUAAUAAGAAAGAAAAUACGGGCGGUGGAAUAAGCUGAUAAUAAUCAACGGAUUUAAUCUCUUGAAUCUAAUUGAAGAAUAAAUCAUAUAAUGGAAUUCGCCUACUCCACUAGUACAAAGCAUUGCUUCUUAUUUUUAAUGAUUACAGGGAAAACAUUAUUACUUUUCACCACAUCCAUUUUAGGAAAUAGGCACGUUUAUUCAGAAGUCGAUCCUAAUGCCGAUAUUUCAAGAUUGGAAAAGAUAACAUUAAAAUUUUGGAAUGAAGAGAGAAUAUUCCAACAGUCAAUAGAUCAGCGUUCAGAAAAAAAUAGAUUUGUGUUUUAUGAUGGACCUCCGUUUGCUAACGGACGUCCUCAUUAUGGACAUCUGCUGACGGGCUAUGUGAAGGACACUUACGCUCGCUACCAGACGAUGCAGGGACGAAGGGUGGAUCGGAGGGCGGGUUGGGACUGUCACGGUCUGCCGGCGGAAAUGGCCACGGAGAAGGAACUCAACAUUUCCGGUAAGAUGGACAUCGAAAAGUACGGGGUCGCCAAGUUCAACAAGGGCUGUAGAGAGACGGUGCUCAAGUACGUGUCUGCCUGGGAGAGCUACGUGAACAGGCAAGGGCGUUGGAUAGACUUGGAAGGGGCCUACCGGACCAUGAGUCUGAAGUACAUGGAGUCGGUCUUCUGGGCAUUCAAGCAGCUUUACCAGAAAGGGUUGGUGUACGAAGCCGAACGGGUGGUGCCAUACAGCUGGGCUUGCCAAAGUCCUGUCUCUAAUUUUGAAACUAGACUAGACAAUGCUUACAGAUUAAAAUCUAGUAAAGCGGUUACUGUCAGUUUUCAGUUACUGAAUAAGCCUAAGAGGUUAGAGAAUCUCCAGCCACCAUGUAAAAUGCUUGUGUGGACUACGACCCCGUGGACACUAGUCAGUAACCUAGCGCUAGCUGUAGGUAGUGAUGUCACUUACUCGGUCGCUUGGAUACAACCAUCGUACGGUCGCAAAACGCCACACACGCUAUAUAUUUUCGCAAAAAAUUAUACUGCUAAAUUUGAGAGCAUCUGUAAUAAAAAGAACUUGGACUUUCAGAACCUCGGAAUGGAAUUGAAUCAUCAAGAUCUUGUAGGUCUUCGAUAUGAACCACUUUUCCCGUAUUUUAAUGGAACAAGGAAUGCGUUUAAAGUUCUUGUAGCAGAUCAUGUUACAGCCGAAGAAGGAACAGGAGUGGUUCAUAUCGCUCCUGGAUUUGGCGAAGAGGACUUUGAGUUAUGUAAAAAACAAGACAUAGCUGCUGUCUGCCCGAUAGAUAGCGCUGGUAGAUUUACUGAUACUGUGGGUUUUCUGAAUGGGACUCACGUUUUUAGUGCAGAAAGUGAAAUAAUUAAAUUUUUGAAGUCGAAGAAGUGCUGGUUUUUUAGCGAACAAUAUUCACACAGAUAUCCGCAUUGCUGGAGGACUGAUACUCCACUCAUAUACCGAACUAUGACGUCUUGGUAUGUGGCGGUGACAAUACUGAGGGCAAGAAUGACAGAACUCAACAGACGAGUCAACUGGGUGCCUAAUCAUGUCAAGGACGGAAUCUUUGGCAACUGGAUCCAGGGUGCUCAGGACUGGUCGAUUUCGCGUAACCGAUUCUGGGGAACACCGAUACCCGUAUGGAAGUCCGAUAACCCAAGAUAUCCGAGAGUCGAUGUUUAUGGUUCUUUAGACGAGAUCGAGAAAGAUUUUGGAAAAAGAUUAACCGACCUACACAGGCCUUUCAUUGACAGUUUGACAAGACCUAACCCUGACGAUCCCAGUGGUAAGUCUGUGAUGCGAAGAGUAAAAGAUGUUUUCGACUGUUGGUUUGACUCUGGUUCCAUGCCCUUUGCUCAAUAUCACUAUCCAUUUGAAAAUAAACAUACCUUUGGCAAUAACUUUCCAGCCGAUUUUGUUUCUGAGUACAUUGCCCAAACUAGAGGUUGGUUCUACACGACGUUCAUUCUGUCAACUGCGUUGUUCGAUAAAGAGCCUUUCAAAAACUGUGUCAGUCACGGUGUCGUGCUUGACCCUAAAGGCAACAAACUGUCUAAGCGCCAUGACAAUUACGUGGAUCCAGCCGUGCUGAUGACCAAGUACGGUUCCGACGCACUGAGGUUUCUCAUGCUCUCUAGGCCAGUGGUUAUUGGUGAUAAUAUUUUGUUCGAUAAAAACGGUAAAUGUGUAGAAGAGAUUCUGAGGAUUGUACUCAAGCCUAUCUGGAACAGUUAUAACUUCUUCACUCUUUACGCCAACUCGGACGUUAUUAAAGCUAACAUAUCAUCUGAUCCCAGUAUGUAUCGUAACACUAUCGACAAAUACAUUCUUUUGAAAUGUUUUCAAACAACUGAAAUGAUCAAAGGCCAUCUCGAUAAGUACGACUCUCAAGAAGCGUGUAAAGUUUUAAACGAUUUCUUUGAUGUUUUAAAUAACUGGUACAUAAGGUGUAGCCGAGAUCGUUUUUGGAAAAGAGAGCACGACCAAGAUAAAUAUGAUACCUAUAAUGUUCUGUACACAGUAUUCAAUUACAUCUUGAGAGCUUCAGCUCCGUUAUUGCCUUUUCUCACGGAUGCUAUCUGGCGGGGACUGGUAUUUCCUGAAGCGUCUGUGCAUUUGACGAUGUUUCCAAGUGUCCAAAAGAUAGAUGAAGGUCAAAUUAUUGUGAAAAUGGACUUAGCCAGAGGAAUCUGCAAUGCUGCAAUGUCCUUGAGAAAACUACAUAAAGUCCGUGUUAGACAGCCUCUAAGAAGUAUGACAGUAUUUCACAGUAAAUUCAGGAACUUGCUGGAUGAUGAGUUUCAGAAAAUUAUUAAAGAUGAAACAAACGUGAAAGAAGUACUUUUGGUGGAGAGUUUUAAUGGGAUUGCAGAUAUCCAACUUCAACUGAACUUCUCAAUGGUCGGGAAGAGAAUUCCCAACAGUGUAAAAAAGAUAAUUGAACUUGUUAACAAUAACAAAUGGAAGAAAAAAAGUGAUAAUGAAAUCAUUAUCGGAGAUAAUAACGAAAAUUAUGUAAUUUUUAAAGAAGAAUACGAGUUGAAAUUGAAACCAAAGGAUAAAAAUGUUUGUUUAUUUGACAAUGGAAGAGGAGUUUUAAAGCUCAACCUGGACUUAGACCACGAACUCGUAUUGGAGGGUCAUGCCAGAGAUGUUGUCAGAAAAAUCCAAGAUACGAGAAAACAGGCUGAUUUACACAUAUCAGACAAGAUACAUGUAAAAAUUAAAACGGAGGAAAAUGUCAUUAAAGAAGCCAUUGGUAAAUGGAUGGACUAUAUAAAAAACCAAACUCUUUCGUAUUCUUUGGCAGUAGAAAAUAAUAUAGAAGAAGAUCUAUUUUCAAGACAAUAUGAUGGUAUGUUGGUAGCACUGCGCGUGUACAACGACAUCCAAUAACAAAGGGGCUAUGUAAAGUAAAUUUUUAUUUUUAACAAGAAAUUUUGUAAGCAACACCAUUAUAUUGAUUGGAAGAAGAUAAUCGGUUCCGAAUGAAAACAGAUAAUUGAGCAUUGCAUUAUUCAAUAUUUGUUUAAUUUUGUCAUUUGUGCUAAUUUGUAUUCGUUUGUUAUUCUUAUUCAAUGUCUUGUACGACCACGAGUACAAAGGUAACAAUAAAAGCCGUGUAUUACUGUUUAACUUCAUUAACAUAAAACACCAAGGCUCAAAGUGCAACCAAAUACAAACUUUAAACCUUUACGUAUAUUUCGAUAUAAUUGACACUAAAACAGUUUUCUAAAAUAUGUUAACUUGUUAAUAAGAACUAUGAUUUUUCUUUAAAAUUGUAUAACUAUUUUUCAUGACAGCAACCAUUGAAAUGUUUGCAAUAAACGACUAAUAACACAUUG